CUGGAUCCCUGGCAGUGUCCCAGGCCAGGCUGACCCUGGCCAGUGGGAGCUGUCCCUGCCCUGGCCCUGGGGGAGCUUUGAGGUCCUUCCAGCCCACACCACCCCUGGUCCCUGGCACUCUGGAACCAGAGUCUGAGCAGAUCCAAGCCAGUGCUGGUUCCAGCUCCUCCAGGCUGUUCCAGGGGUUCCUGGCUGCUCUGGGAUGGGGUUGGGACAGAGGGGGAGGCACAGGAGCUUCCCCAUGUCCCAGCAAAUGGGGCCAGUGCAGCUCCCAUGGGCUCAGUGCCACUGGGGAAAUGAAAAUCCAUUUUCCUGAGAAAAGCAAUCCCUGCUGUUCCUGCUCUGUCCCAGCAUGCAGUCCAUCCAGAACCUGGGCCUGGCAGUGAUUGCCAUAGCAGCUGGCAUGAUCCUGGACACCAGGGGAUACCUGUUCCUGGAGGUUUUCUUCAGUGCCUGUGUUUGCUUGUCACUGCUGGCUGUGGUCAUGCUGUACUUUGUGAAUCACCUCACAGGUGGGGAUCUCAACUGGUCUGCAAAGAAAAGGGCAAAACUGCAGAAGGCAGCUGCUUCUGAAGCAGAAGAGCAGGAGAGGCUCAGAAGGCAGAACGAAGAUGAUUUGGCAAAAUUGCUGCCAAAAGCUGAUGCCUUUAGUUUAAGGAAUAAAUACCUGUCCAGGCUUGGAGCUCAGCUCCCAGCUCAUUACUCCUCCUGUUUCUCAACCCUGGCCCACAGAAGUGUGCUGAAAUAGCAGCUUGGCCCUUGGAGGAGCAGCAAUAUCUGAAUUUCCUGGGCCACAGAGCUUUGCUGCCAGCCUAGAUCCUAGAUUUGAAAUAUUGCCUCAAACUCCUCGUGCCUGGGCAGUGCAGAGAUCCUGA